AUGGAUAUUGCAAGAUAUAGCAAAUUGAUCUCCCCGAAGGACACCGGGCAUAAUGAACAUAGAGAGGCGAGGUUGCUUGAGAGGUGUCCUCCUGGCCAUGAAGGCAAAAGGUUGGUCGACGAACCUGCCACAAUUCUCGAUGCAUCUGGUGCCAUCAUUGGAUGGUACCUCCCAGACGCCCUGACCGACACCACCCAGAAGGAAAUCAGGGAGGCCACUGAUUUGCUCGCUCCAAGCCUCGAAAAAAGUGUAAGGGCUGAUGGCAAUUGGCGAACUAAUCAAACAUUGUUCAACCAGGGCUCGGAAGAUGUUGGACCAACUCCCAGAUGCAUCAAUCUAUCUCUGGCAUGGUUUCAACAGGGACACGAGAAUGUGUCAGAUCCGGAGGUAUCUGCAUCAUUGAAGGGACCUUCCUGCAAGAAUAUCCUCAAAGCCAUUGCAAGGCCAGCAGCCAUCGCGUCCGCGGCACUCAGAGUCAUGCAUCCUGAGCAGUACUGGGCAGGGUUGAGAACCUUGUCAAACCUUGGAAAUAUAGCAGUAAGCAAGGAUCUGCCAUGGUCCCGAGUUCCGAAUUUCGGAGGUCGGGGUUCAGCGACCCGGAGCUCGGCAACUGCUGGGUGUGGGUUUCGGGACUCGGGACUCGGAGCUCAUGACAUGGGACUCAACACUGUUCUGAAUAGCGAGUCCCUGACACCCAAUUCCUUAACCAAGAAACAUGAACCAUGA